UUCGACUUCCUUCAAGCUCACUUGAAAAAUUGUCGACUUGGGUUUAACCUCCGACCAAGCAAGUCUGUCUCGACCUACUCGUUAGCGGGUAAGUUGAGACUUUCUUCAAUUUGUUGGUUCCUCUACUACAUCGUGGGUCCAACUUACGUGGCGAUUUUAUUCCUGAUAUCAUCAUUUGCUUUCCAAUCCCGAGUUCUACCUCCUUGGCUAAGAAGUCGGUUGAGGCUGAAUUUGAAUAUAGUGAAGAUCCAAGGAUUUUAUCUUUCCAAUCGAGCCCUUGAGGCCUUUGGUUGUCCAAUCGGAAUGAUAAGACUGUUGCCUCGUUACUAUGUGGCUUGUGCAGGCGUGGGAUGCAAAAAGCACUUUUUCCAUAGAUACGAGCCAUUGGCAAAGUGCCAUCAUGCAUUGGACAUUGGUGCAUUAAUUCAAAUAUAUUCACCGGCAUUAACAAUUGGAUCAAAGGUAGAUUCUAUUGUAUUUGAGGCCAGAUGA